AUGAUUUCAAUGGAAAUAAAUUGUACAGAGGCCGACCAAAGUAAAGUGGAGCAGAUGAAUGUCUCAACUCCAGACGAGGCUUUCUUGGCUCUGCUUAACCGAGUCUGGCGUGCUACCCGCCUGGUUUUUUUUUUUUUGUUUGAUUCUGACAUAAGAAUCGGACUAUGUCUGAGACUCGGCUUUCAGGUUGGUUCAGAGUACAAAUGUUUAUGUGGAACCGAUCUUUCACUUCUAAGUUACAACGGCUUUCAUUGUAGGCUGGGCUCCUGUAGGCAGUCUAGACAUUCGGCCAUGAAUGACCCCAUCUUAUGGUUGUUUGUUUCGGAAAGCCAACAUCCCAGCCGUCAAAAACCAGUGGGAUUAGUGGAGGGGAAUAAUUUCAGGCCUGAAGGCUACACACUUCUCGAUCACUGGGGCCGUACACUGGCACGGGAUGUCAUACUUCCCCCUUAUACACUGGCAGAUAGGUGCAUAACUGGUAAGAGGUAA